CGGUGCUAGGUCACUUUAACUGAACACCGUAUGCAAUGUUAAUGUUGUGAAGUUUUAAGUAAUUUUAAUGAUGAAUAUUUACUACACUAUAUGUGGGACUUUAUGACUUGAAACGGUAUUCGCAUUUCCCCUCGAACAGGGUCCUCUGUGGUGUGAUCUUAUGCGAGACAGGAGUUUCGAUACGGAAGCCCAUUGCAGCUACAAAGUUCUUAAGGAACAGCAUACUUUAUUAUUGCACUUUUUUUAUUUGCUCCAAUUUGUGCACUUAUAAGACGGAUUUUCAAGUCAUGGAUACCAGUGUUCCCUGGGCGAACUUAAUCAGUACACAUUUAGGAAGUAAAUUAAAGCACAGAUCUAAUGAACUUCAAUCUAACAUUCAGUUUGUUGAUUUCGGACUUAAACCGGCCUAUUUAGUGGACUUUGGAGUAAGUACUUUAGAGUCUGUAGUAAAUCUUGUGAUUGACUUGAAAUGCUCUAAUCUUAUCCACAACAACUUAAAGGCUGUAGCGAUAGGAAUGGACUAUCUUAUUGUAAAUCCAGAAGAAUUCGUCAAGUUGCACUCUGAAUCAUUGAUGGUAAAAUUUGUAGAUAUAUCAUCAACAAAUGAUACACCGAAGAUUUUAGAUAAAAAUGAUGUUUUAGAACUUAUAAUCUCCACGUGUUUUUCUAUUGUGAUGGAAGACGGAGUGGCUUCUGAGUAUACAGAAAUUAAGGAUGUGAAUCUUUCCACUGUGUUCGGUCUCCUCAUUGGGUACCCUGUUGUGUAUUGGUUCGACUCUGACAGUCUGGACCGUGUGGGUAAUCCACAAGUCGUCCAGCACGUGGAAGUCCUGGGCAGAAGGACAGACACACAGACAAACGUUAUUUACUCAUUCAGUUUCCCAGACUGUCUUUGUGCCUUAGAGGAACACGUGAAUAAAUGGUUCGAACGCUGGAGAGAAAAUGGGAAAUGGAAACAAAUGUUUCAAACAGUUUCUCUUAAGUUUGAAAGAAAAACACUUGUAUCGUUUGUAUUGUAGACUUUAUGUAUAUUAUAGACAUAAAUUAUCAUGUGUUUGUGUUGUGUUUUAGUUGUGUGUAACACAGUACAGGUAGACAGCGGCGUCGUGGAGAGCCGUCGGUGUGUAGUAGUGCAGCAGACGUUCUUUCCACAC